AUGAAGAUUUUCACACAUAUUCCAUACAAUAGGUGAGAUAAAUACAGGAAACGCAAGGUUCCAUGCACAGUUUCAGCUCGAUUUACACAGCUUUGAUCAAAACAUUCUCAGUUUCGAGAAUAGUUUAAUCUAAACCAUAAGAAAAAAUUUAAUUAGAAGUUGAAUUUUUCGCUUUCUCUUUCCCUUUUUACAUUCAGUUCAUUUUAUUUGCGGAAAGUAAAAGCCUUAGAAAUUAAAAGAACGUUUGAUCGAUUCACGCUAGCGCAUUCUAGUCUUAUUUGAAACUUUAUAACGGAAGGACAUCUGUGAGCAGGGAAUAAGUCAGCACAGAAUUUGCCCUAUGACCACACCCAAACUGGCCAUAAAAUGUCUAGUAAUGUCUCGACAAACGUCUGCUGGAAAACUUCCCAGGAAGUCUGGUUGCAGGUUGUAGGUGCACCUUGCUGGCUGGGAACUCUUCCAUCAGUCUUGCUGGGAGUAAGGAACGGAUGGAUUUUUACUAGCAAUAUCCCAAAUUGCUUAACAUGGUAUCAGAAAGUUUUAGUAGAGCGUUGUUGUUGUUUUCAGGUUUUUUCUCAAAAUUUCCCGUUGGGUGCCCCUGACGCUGUGCUCACAAAACGAAACCAUGUUUUGUGACACUUAGAACUUUUUUCAGGUCGACUGCCGGUCAAGUUUGUCAAAACACUAAAUUACUGGCAGUCUACCCUGCUAGAGUCCUGCUAGUAGAGUCGCUUCGAUCUUUCCUAGACAAGUCGGGAAAGAGGAAAGAGGAAGCUGAAAAAAGUUAGAGCGGGUAAGUGUCACGAAACAUGGUUUCGUUUUCUAAGCACAGCGUAAACCAAACGCUAAACUUGAGAUCUAUAAAGCGUUUCAGGAUCGCUUGACUUUUCUUAAUCGACAUUUGAUAGUUUAGAUUAAAUGGAUUUUUUGGAUUCAUCAAAUUUAUUGAGAAUGUACCGGUCAUUUAGUGUUUUAAAAACCUUGACUGGCAGUCGACCUUUCCUCCUUCCUUUUUUCCGACUUAUCUAGGAACGGAUCGAAGCGACUCUACUAACAGGACUCUAGCAGGGUAGACUGCCGGUUAUUUAGUGUCUCGACCAUCUUGACCUGCUUGACCGGCAGUCGACCUGAAAAACGUUCAAGUGUCACAAAACAUGGUUUCGUUUUCUAAGCACAGCGUAAAUCAAACGCUAAACUUGAGAUCUAUAAAGUGUUUCAGGAUCGCUUGACUUUUCUUAAGCGACAUGUGGUAGCUUAGAUUAGAUGGAUUUUUUCGAUUUGUCAAAUUUAUUGAGAAUAUAGGACUGCCGGUCAUUUAGUGUUUUAAAAACCUUGACCGGCCAUAUACCGUAUUUAUUCGAUUAACCGCCCUGGGCGCUUAUUAAAUUUUUGGACCUUGAGAGUGGGCGCUUAUUCGAGGUGAGCGCUUAUUCGAGGCUGGGCGCUUAUUAAAUUUUCAGUAUUUUCAGCAAGUGUAGUAUGUUUAUUUUGCAACAAAACAAUAAAUGGUAAUGACAAAACUCGAAGAUGUAACAAGGCAAGGUUCCUGUAAAAUACUUUGAAGAAAACUCCGUCUUCGGGGAAGUCUCUUAUUCGGUACUUAUUCAAUUUUUUGGGGGUGGGGUGAGGUUGGUCACUUAUUUGAGUUUAAGUGGGAGUGGGAGGGAGGUUGGGUGGGGUGGGCGCUUAUUCGAGGCUGGGCGCUUAUUAACUUUUUCUGCUUUUAGGAUGGGCGCUUAUUCGAGGUGGGCGCUAAUUCGAGGUUGGGCGCUUAUUCGAAUAAAUACGGUAGUGACAGCGAAUUUUUUAAUACUCUUUGUCAUUUGUCAUCACCCUUUGUGUGUCACGCGGCCGCCACUGACGACUAGAGUUGCCAACAAAUGCGCGAGUCUAGGAAUUUACAUCAAGCAUGGGAAAUUUUCACUGCAGUUUUCUCAGGCGCAUUUCUUGCCUGUUAAUAUUUCUUUGUUCAGGCUGUUUUAUUUACGUAUACUUUGUCAAUAUUCAUGAACUGUUUGGAUCCCGUCGGAGGACGACAUAUCAUUUAAAGUAAGUAUAGAUUAACAUUUUGUUGUAUCAUAGAUCGAGAAUAGACCUUGUCCUUGUCAUGGUUUUCGACGCCAUCUUGACGAAUACUGGCAAACGCUUGAGAAAUUACAGUGUUUGUAUGAGAAUCUAACAUCAAAUAAUUGCCGUAAAAUGGUUGUUCUGAAGAAAAUAUGAAUUGUAGACUAAAGCUUCACCCCUAAGGAUUCUACUGAAAAAAAUUGAGGUUGUUCCAUGCGCUAGAAGACCUAAAACCACGUUUUUAAAUUUUCUGUACAUUUUUCUGUAAGAAAGCGGUCGUGUUGAAACGCAGACCAUGCAGACUGCAGACUGCAGACUGCAGACUGUGCAGACUGAGUGUUAUUUUAUUUGUUACUAAUGAACUAUUUAGUUUUGGAGCUGCAUAAACGAAGAACCAUGAUACUCGAUCAAGAUUGUCUGUUUCAAACCACUA